AAACCAGGACCCAUAUCCAAGCCUGCACUCCUAGGGGCUCCUCAAAGGAAGUUGAUCUUCUGCCAUCUGAGAAAGUGAAACAAAAUGGACCGUGUAGAAGAAUGGGUGCUGGAGAAUAAGAACAAAAUAGAGAAGGGGGUGGAGAUAAUUGGGCAGGGAUGUGAGGUUCUUGCCGCCACUGUGGGUCAGCUCCACCCCAUCCUGGAGGCUGUGUUUGUGGCCUCUGCUGAGCUCCUCAAAAAUCCAGAAGGCGAGGAGGCUAAGUACCUGGCUGAGCAAUUCGAAAAAAUCAACCAGAAGCUAGAGGGCAUCCAAGGUGAGGUAAACCGCAUUGCCCUGGAGAUGCAGCUCAGCUCCAUGAACAAGCAGAACUUUGACUAUGAAGUGCAAAUGCACAGUCAGUACAGGAAGUUCCUGGAAUUUGUCAAUGCUGAGCUUGAUUCUAAGAAGACGAAGAAGGGGAAGUUUAUCCGCCACUAUGAAAACACAGGGCGUGACAGGAACCUGGAUGCCCUGUAUAAUGCAUUCACCGGGGAUGCCUCUAGGGUCCCAAUGCUGGACACGGUGCUGGCCGUAAAGCAGAGGAGCCGACGAGCUGUGGAGGAGUUCUGUGCCCAGCUUAAGAAGCUCUUUGUAGUGGGCAUCAUAGCAGUCAUAGGCUAUAACAGCUUAAAGGAGGAAUCAGUGGAGGAGAAAACCUUCAAUGAGACACUUAUGAAGGACAUUGUUAAGAAAUGGCAAGGGAGGAUGGAGGAUGUGGAGAAACAUAUGAAGGCAGCAGUGGAUGACUGUACGCAGAACUUUGCCACUCAGGCCAAGGAGGACAUAGGACAAUUACUUCAAGAGAAGCAGGGCAGUUCUGACCCCAACUUCACCAAGUCCCUUUUGGAUUUCCUUGCUAAGAAGUAUGAUUGGGUUUCCUGGUCCCUAAGGGUCAUAAGCAAUAGGGAGUGGUUUUUCUGGAACUGGUUUGCUGGCAAUAAGUACCACGGUUGGUGUGGUGGUGCAAACUUCUUUGACAUCCUGACUAAGAACAACAUCAGGGUGGUGAUCUCCUUCAGUGCAGAACCCAAGCCUAUCAACAAGGUUCAGAUCCAAGAGCAGAUAGAGGGGCAAAAGCUCAAGGGAGACAUGGAAUCUGUGGCCCAAUCCCUUUGUAAUAUCUUGCCAAACUGUGUGGUGCAUGCUGUUAGUCGAUACAAGGAUGUGGUGGAAUCCAAUAACUUCCAGGAGGAGUGUUACUACUUUGAGAAAAACAGAAAAGCACACCUAUACAUUCACUCCAAAUAG